CAGAGUCGCUGAUAUGAGUGAAUGAUUGGGGUUUAAGAUCCGUUACAGUACAGACAUUAAACACUAUAUAUGCAACCACAACUGAAACAAACAAAAAACAAACAAUAUUAGCAAAACAUUAGGCUCUGUUCCGACAUGUCCAAUUCUCACCCUAUGGAGCUCGAUUCAACCGCCACAGUCGAAGGGAGAUCCAACUCGCUCUUAUCCAACACGCGCUGCGCCUUCUGCUUCCCCUGCUGCUUCGGCUCCCGUCGUUCUGCCUCCGUUGGCUUUGUGUGGUGGGAGCGCGUGCGAUCCACGUCUUGGUCUGAGUCUCAAUCUCAGACGCACCAGAUGACCGGGAGCGUCGGUGACCGGUGGUGGUCGCCUGGCUUCAGGGUUCUCAUGAGAGUUCGCGAGUGGUCGGAGAUCGCGGCGGGUCCGCGCUGGAAGACGUUCAUUCGGCGGUUCAAUCGGAACCGGAGCGGCGGUUACCGGCAAAUGGGGAAAUACCAGUACGACCCCAUGAGUUACGCCUUGAACUUCGAUGAGGGCCCGGGGCAGAACGGGGAUUUCGAAGAUGACGGUUAUGACGGAUUUCGGAAUUUCUCGGUCCGUUACGCUUCGACUCCUCCUCCUUCCAAGUCCGUUUCGACAGAUCCGGGUCAAGACGUCGCCGUUUUUGGCUGAAAAUGGCAAGAAAGCAAGAGCGAUUGCGUGGAGGCUAACCUGCGCCAGUGGAGUGUUGCGCUAAUUUCACGAGGUUAGCGUGAGUGGAAACGUGGCGUAAGUUGUGUGUUUUUUUUUUUUAGCAUAUUUAUAGUAUAUUCUUAUUUAUUUCUUUUUCAAUAUAUAUUGUUAUUAUAUAAUUCAUUUACUGGUUGGUGAGGAGUAUACGACAGCGUGUUGAUAUUCAGUAGGAGGAGUGUGUAAUUCUGAAUUUUCUCUUAUGCUUGUUUAUUAUUUAUUUAUUUAUUUAGGAAUAGCUUGGCAAAUGCAAUAAACUUUGUCUACGUGUAAUG